CAGGACGCCCUACGGACAAGGGCUGCUCGUAUAAAUAUCCCUCUAUGCUUACCGCCUCCUCAUCGCAUUUUGAGUUCCUCACUCAUACUCGAUCCACGUCCUUCCAAUUCAAACCCUAAUUUUCUAAUUCAGAUCACUAAUUCAAUACUCAUGGAUUUCCAAACCCUUAACAGAAGAGAACUUCAAGCUCUCUGCAAGCUCAACAAAAUCCCUGCUAAUGUCACCAACAUUGCUAUGGUCGAUGCUCUCAAAUCUCUUGAGACUGUGGAAGGGAUCGAAGAGUUUUUGAAUCCUUCAAGGUCUGAAACUAUUGGAUCGUCAAAUGAAUCGCCUGAAAGAAUUCAGGCUACAUCAGUCAGGGUUCCUCGCACGACCUGUAGGACUUCCACUAGGCAAAAGGCUAAUAAUUCUGAAACCGAGUCUCUGCAUGCGACUGCGAGCAGGGCAACUUCUCGUGGAGUGAGGAGGCAAUUAGAUGGAGAGGUCAACGAAUUCCUGAAAACUCCAAUGGUUUCCAGCAUCAGAAAGAAGGGGACUACAACAUCAACUCAUCAAGAAGCUUUGAAGAAGGAGACUACUACUACUACUACUACUACUAACACUACUGUACAGAGAGCUUACAGCACAAGAAGAUCAACAAGGUUGACUGCAAAGAAAUCUGAAGGGCUAGAAGUGAUAGACAGGGAAAGAAGUGAACCCAUAAAACUUGAUUCGUUUUUGGAUGAAGUGAAGGAUUUGGGUAAUCAAAGUGAUGAAAAUUCAAAGAAUGAGAAGGAGGUUGUGCAUGUAGACACUACUACACUUGAAAGUGGAGAGAAGAAAGUAGAUUGUUGUGGUGAGGUAGACGAUUUAAAGGUGAAAUCAGAUGAAAUCAUUGAGCAACAUGAGAAUGUGGAUUUAGAAGAUCUAAAACCAGAUUCAGAACCAUGUGAAGAUGAUGAUUCAGAAGAGAAAUGGGUGAUCAUAGAUGAGAAAAUUGAUCUCAAUGAAGCACCGAAUGUUUCAGUUAAGGAACAGGAUGCUACUUUUAUGGUUGCAGAGGAACAAACAGUCAAAGCUGAUGAUAUUGACGAUAAUGCCCUUUCAUUUAACACCGAAAACCCAAGUGAUCCUUCAAUAUUGAAACCUGAAAGCAUGCCCUGUGUUGUUUCAGAGAUGAAGAAUGAAGAAUCAGAGUACAAUGGGAAUUUGAACUCUGAAAUUCCAAAAGAGCCCUUGAAGUUAGAUAAUCAUAAUGUCGAUGAGGUAAUGACUGCAGAGGGUAUAGAUGAGAAUAUCUCCGAAAAUAAGGUUGAUUUUGGAGAAACACAAGAAUCUUUAAUGGAGGAAGUUGAUGUUGAUGAAGUAACACAUGAGUCUUUCAUGAAAGAAGGCAAUAAAUCUUCAGACAACAAGGAGAAUGAAGAAAACAUAAAUGAAAAAGAAGGUGAUGGAGAUGAGAAUGUUAAGAAGAAUUUAAAUGAUACAAGUUUGAGGCAGCUGAAGAAGCAACUAAAAGCUUUAACGAUAAAAAGCAAGGAUGCAAGUUGUGUGACAACUACAGAAAUGGAGAAUUGAAGAAGAAUGUAUGCAAAAUUUUGACCCCAUCAUCAUCAUCAUCAUCAUCA